AUGGGGAAAGGUAUCAACAAGAAGGCGGUCGUGCCCGUCGAGGCCACACUCCUGAGCAUCGCCCUGAUAUUCAUUCUUUCACGACUGUUUCUGCGUCUCGUCUUGUCCCGAACUCGCCUGACCCUCAGCGACUGGCUACUUAUUGCCUCAGGGGCCGAUGCCAUCGCCCUCUUCGUCAGCGAUGCGAUGACAUAUAAUCUGGGAGGAAUGGACGACUAUGACCCUGAUGCGCCUGAGACGCCCGUCGACGUCGAUAUCGCACUGAUGAAGCUUGCAUUUGCGGGAAACUACUUUUACGAUGCGGGUAUUUACUUUCCAAAGAUGGCUCUACUUGCGUUUUACUACAAGCUGGUCCCGCCGAGGAAUAUGAUGCCCAACUUACGCAAGUACCUCUAUGUUAUUACGGGCGUGACUGUGGUUUUCUUCGUGGCUACUUGUUUCUUGGACACUUUCUGGUGCGGUUCUCAUGUGGCAGUUAACUGGGAUCCCAAUGGUGAUUGUGCAACUUUUGAUUCGAUGAAUGUUUCUCGAAUCGAUUGGGUCCUCAGCAUCGUGGCGGAUUUACUAGGCUUUUCUAUACCUUUCUUUCUUCUGCCGGGACUGCGGAUCAACAAGCGGUAUCUCAUCGGCCUAAUUGUCACCUUCUCUUUGGGCGCGGUCACUGUGGCCGCCAGCGUCGUUAGAUUUGCCACGAUGCAAGCUAUCCAUGCCUGGACGAACGUUUACGUGCUUUCCAUGGCGGAAAUGGUUGCUGCCAUUAUAGUCGUGUGUCUACCUGCCCUCAGAUCACUCAUCCGUCGCGUCGAGACACACUCGUCGAAGACGGGCGCGACAAGCAGCAAGUCUCACGGAAAAGCAUACAAGAACUACGCGAUGAGUACCGGUCACAUCAAACUAUCAUCCGGCCGGGAUGCUUAUGUGACUUCCACAAACGUUGCUACAGUAGGACACUCGGGAAGCGAAGUAGAACUACAAGACCUCCCAAAAGAACGUGGUGGGAUUUACAAGACGGAGCGAAUAUCGGAAUGGAUUCUACUCGCCGCCUCUUACGUAUUUGUUGCCUUGCGAAUUUACACACGCCUUUUCCGCCUACGUAAAAAACUCGACUUGUCUGACUGGCUCCUUGUUCUGUCUGCUCUUGAUGCACUCGCUCUCAUCAUUUGCGACACCCUGACCUAUAAGAUCGGUGUACUUGACGAGUGGGAGCCGUCCGUGACACUUUCCAAGAUCUCUUUCGCUUCCAAUUACUUUUACGAUGUUGGAAUGGGUUUCCCUAAGAUGAGCAUGCUGGCCUUCUACUGGGGCUACUUCGUCCCCAACAUCACAAAAGGCAUGCGCAGGACCCUCUGGUGUGCUGUUAUUUUCGUCUGUCUUUGCUACAUGACCAUUCUCUGGGAUGACACUUUCUAUUGCGGCAAAGACGUUUCUGUCCAGUGGUCUCAGGAGGAGGGCGCCUGCAGCGUCUUCUAUGCCACAGCACCCUUCAUUCUCAACUUCACCUUGAAUUUGGCCUGUUAUCUCGUCGUCUAUGCCCUCCCGGUUGUCCUACUGAUCCAAGGUGUGCUGAAACCUUCCAAGGGUGUCACCCUCACCUUCGUUCUCGGUACCCUGACCAUCUUCACCACAAUUGUGCGCUUUGCGUGUCUCAAGAUCGGUACAGGGCAGGAAAACCUCGUUUAUCCAAUGAGCAUGCUUGAGAUUACCCUUGCCAUCACCGUUGUCGCUCUUCCUGGGCUGAAAGAUCUUGUCAAUGGCACCCCUUCGCGCGAUGUCUCACCUGAGACAGCAGAAGUCGACCAAAAGGCCUGA